AUGGAAGAUCUUCGCGCUGAAAUGAUGGCAGAGAUCAAGCAGCUGAAGGCCAGGCAAGGAGGUGGAAGAUUAGAGGAAGUCAUAAGAGAAUCUAAUACUACUCCUCUAGUCCCAAGCUUAGCCAAAGAUGAAAUCCCCAAGAAAUGUCUGAUCCCAGCAUUUGAAUUCUACAAUGGAUCCAGCGAUCCCGCGACCCAUCUUCGGUAUUACAACCGUAUGUUGGCCCGAUGGGAUCAGGACGACGUGGUCCUCUGUAGAUAUUUUCCUUCAAGCUUGAAGGGAUUGGCUCUGUCCUGGUUUGAUAACCUACCUCCCAACUCCAUCGGAUCGUAUAAGAAACUCACUGAAAAGUUUUUAAGAACUUACAUGUAUAACAAGGCUAUCCACGCUGGGAUGGACAAAUUAUUCUCAUUAGCCAUCACAUACAAGGAGACGACCAGGGAAUACACGGAUAGAUGGCAUAAGAUAUGCCAGGAUAUAGGAAAUGUGGACCCAGUGGUCAGCAUUAACUUCUACAAGUGGGGUUUAGACAGGAUGAGCCCGUUGUUUGUCGAGAUUCAUGGGAGCGUACCCACGACGGAAGGGGAUCUUCGAGUAAUCAUCGAAAAACACGCCAGGUUGAAAGAAAUCCAACGAGAAAAUCCGAGGGAUCAUGCUCAAAGAUCUCAUCGAACUAACUCCACGGAGCAGGCCAGCGGAUCGAAAAGAAGUUCAAUCGAACGCCCAUACGAAGAUAGGAGAGGAAGAAUAGAAGUUCCUCGAAACGAUGAUCGAAGAUUCGAAGAUCAAGUCUACACGAAGCUAAACACAAGUUACGCUCGAAUAUUAAAAGAAAUUAAGGGUCGAGAAAACUUGGAAUGGCCAUGGUCAAAAGGAAAGCAACCCCCAAGAUCCGAAAAAUCGAAGGAAUAA